UACAACUUUGCUGCAUAAAUUGCGGGGUCCUGAGCCAUGUCGCUGACCAACACAAAGACGGGGUUUUCGGUCAAGGACAUCUUGGACCUGCCGGACACCAACGAUGAGGAGGGCUCGGUGGCCGAAGGGCCAGAGGAGGAGAGCGAGGGGCCGGAGCCCUCCAAGAGGGCCGGGCCGCUGGGGCAGGGCACCCUGGACACGGUGCAGAGCCUGCCCCUGAAGAACCCCUUCUACGACAGCAGCGACAACCCAUAUACGCGCUGGCUGGCCAGCACCGAGGGCCUCCAGUACUCCCUGCAUGGGCUGGCGGCCGGCGCGGCGCCCCAGGACUCAAGCUCCAAGUCCCCGGAGCCCUCGGCCGACGAGUCACCGGACAAUGACAAGGAGACCCCGGGCGGCGGGGGGGACGCGGGCAAGAAGCGGAAGCGGCGGGUGCUCUUCUCCAAGGCGCAGACCUAUGAGCUGGAACGGCGCUUCCGGCAGCAGCGGUACCUGUCCGCGCCCGAGCGCGAGCACCUGGCCAGCCUCAUCCGCCUCACGCCCACGCAGGUCAAGAUCUGGUUCCAGAACCACCGCUACAAGAUGAAGCGCGCCCGGGCGGAGAAAGGUAUGGAGGUGACACCCCUGCCCUCGCCGCGCCGGGUGGCCGUGCCCGUUUUGGUCAGGGACGGCAAACCGUGCCACGCGCUCAAAGCCCAGGACCUGGCAGCCGCCACUUUCCAGGCGGGCAUCCCCUUUUCGGCCUACAGCGCGCAGUCUCUGCAGCACAUGCAGUACAACGCCCAGUACAGCUCGGCCAGCACCCCCCAGUACCCGACAGCACACCCCCUUGUCCAGGCCCAGCAGUGGACUUGGUGAGCGCCGCCCCUCCGAGACUCGCGGCCCUAGGCCCAGGCCCCACCCCGGCGGCGGCGGCGAGGAGGACUCGGUCCUUACGGUGGUUAUUAUUAUUAUUAUUAUAACUAUUAUUCUGGAGUCGAGCUGACUCUUGGCUCCGUUGGGGAGGCGCCGGGAGGUUGCCUGAGACUCCCUGGAGUGGCAGAUUCCAUCCACGCAGCUCUGCCCCAUCCCUCUCUCUUUCGGAACCUUUGGAGAGGGCUGAACUCUAAGCCCUGUUUACAGAAUGUUUGCGCAGCUUCGCUUCUUUGCCUCCCCCCGGGGGGGGGGGGGGACCAAAUCGUCCCAGCGAUAGCGUCCUCACUUGAGAACGAGAAAAAGACCAACACAUCCCCCUCCCCGCUUUUGUGAAUUUUGUAAAAUAUGUUUGUGUGAGUAGCGAUAUUGUCAGCCGUCUUCUAAAGCAAGUGGAGAACACUUUAAAAAUAUAGAGAAUUUUUUCCUCCUUUUUUUUUUUAUAAGAAAAUGCUAAAUAUUUAUGGCCAUGUAAACGUUCUCACAACUGGUGGCAGAUUUCGCUUUUCGUUGUAAAUAUCGGUGGUGAGUGUUGCCAAAAUGAUCUUCAGUGCGGGCCUGUUCUCCCUCGGGGCCCAUCUCCUUUCUUUGUGGUUUGUUUUUGGUUUGCUUCUGUUUGGUUACUCC